UGAGGCCAUGGGAAUGAUUAAUCCGGUUUAGCGUCCACCUCCCGCAUGGGUUCAGAGCGUCCUUCAAAUUUUUUUCAUUAUUUUUACAAAAAGCUCUUGUUUAAAUUCUGUAAGGAUCACUCAUUUUUUCACCAAGCUUUACAGGAGACAGGAGUGUUUAAUGGACAACUCUACAAAUACAUUCUCAUAGUGUUGACCCCAUACGUUUCAGAGCCCAGAUACAGGUGGUGAACUUGGUAUCCCUUUUAAUACAGCUAAAUAUCUGUGGUGUGUUUUCUGGGCUCCACCGUCAUGCAUCAAACCUGUUCCACCCUCGACUUUGCUGCAUUGUUCAAUUGCCUCCUACUAGCAGGGUGUGUCGUUGCUACAACCAGACCACACGUUGUGCUCAUUGUGGCUGAUGACUUGGGUUGGAACGAUGUCAGCUUCCAUGGGUCCCAGCAGAUUCCCACUCCAAACUUGGACAGGUUCGGCCACGCUGGGAUUAUCUUGAACAACUACUACACUCAGCAUAUCUGUACUCCGACAAGGAGUUGUCUGAUGACUGGGCGGUACCCGAUACAUCUAGGACUUCAGCACAGUGUCAUUGUUGGAUCACAGCCCUAUGGCCUUGGACUAAAUGAGACCAUACUGCCUCAGUACCUCAAGUCUCUCAACUACAGUACCCAUAUUGUGGGCAAGUGGCAUUUGGGAUUCUUUGCUAAAGAGUAUACACCAACUUAUCGCGGUUUUGAUGACCAUUUUGGUUACUGGCUUGGUGCGGAGGAUUAUUGGGAUCAUACAGCUGAAGGGAGCAGUAUAAGAGAAUGGGGCUUAGAUUUCCGUCGUAACAUGGAUGUUGUACGAGACGAGUUUGGUCAAUAUUCAACUGAACUAUUCACCAGAGAGGCAGAGAAUCUCAUCAGAAAACACAACCAGUCACAGCCCAUGUUCCUGUAUAUGGCCCACCAGGCGGUCCAUCGAGGCAACUAUCCUGACCCGAUGCAAGUCCCCUACAAAUACUAUGAACGGUUUCCACAUAUUCAGGAUCCAGGCAGGAGGAAAUAUGCUGGAAUGGUUUCUGCCCUCGAUGAGUCAUUUGGUAAUGUGACACGAGCCUUGAACGAGACUGGCAUGUUGAACAACUCUAUCAUCAUCUUCACCACAGAUAACGGAGGUCCAGCAGCUGGGUUUGAUUCAAACCAUGCAUCAAACUACCCACUCAGAGGACUGAAAGCCACUCUUUGGGAAGGCGGAGUACGCGGACCAGGCUUUAUCUACUCCAACCUGUUGAAAAACUCGGGCCGAACUUCCAACCAGCUGAUGCACGUUUCUGAUUGGCUGCCGACCAUCCUCAGUGCAAUAGAUGCUGAUAUCAAACCAAAUAACCCAGAUGGUUUCGAUAUGUGGCCAACCCUGAAUCAUGGCCUCGAGUCACCACGGAAGGAGAUUUUACAUAAUAUUGAUCCGACUGACAACAAUGCCGCUAUUCGUGUCGGAGAUUACAAGGCUAUUAUGGGCAGCCAGUCUUCCCGAAACAGCUGGUAUUUCCCAGAACAGGUCAGUGAAGAACUGGAAAAAAUGGAUGUUCAUAAUUCUCACGACUAUUCGCCAAACUUUAUAAAACAGUUCAAAAUGAAGUAUGAUGGAGACUAUGAUACAUUGACACUUCAGGAUAUUGUGAACCAUUUGAAUAAAAUAACCCUAAAACUUACUCAGAAAUAUCCAUACAUCAACAAAACCAGGGAUUCUCCCAUGGAAUCUCCGUUUGUUGUUAACUGUGGGCCGUUUCCUUCGAAUGCGAGGACCAACUGUAGACCUGGUGACGCCCCCUGUCUCUUUAAUGUCAAACUAGACCCCUGUGAGUAUCAUAAUCUUGCUGAUCAUGAGCCUGAGGUCUUGGAUCUGCUCUUAUUUCGAAUGUCUCUCUAUUCUGAGAGCGCCGUACCGAUCCGAAACCUGCCGGAGGAUCCAAUGGGCUAUCCGAAAAAUCAUGAUUUAGUUUGGACAAGCUGGGUCAACCUCACACAAGCAGAACUCUACCCCUAAACUUUGGAGGUAGAUCGUCCUAGAAAAAGGCAUCCUAGUCAUGCAGUCUUAUAAUCUUGGUGAAGUUGGAAGCUGAGGUCAAGACGGUUUGUGUAAAUGGCUAAAUUUUCAAUAAAGUUAUUGUUUUCAUAACCUUUAUCUAAUCACUGUAUACUUAGUGUGGAAUACCUAUUUUACAAAAGCUCACUGAUAAGUUAGAUAUAAUGUGAUAUUUUUGUACUUAUUUAUAACUGCACUCACUCUUGAUAAGCUGAACUAUGCAUUCCCGAUCUCAAAUUAUCUCGGUUUACAAAUUUUGUUGAAAGGGAGACUAUAGGCAGGACCAGGUAGGUCAGGUUAAGUUACAUGUGGUCACUGGGUCUCUCCUAUCUCAAGUAUGUUGAAACUAUUCAGACCUGAGCAAAGUUUAUUGCUGAAUCAAACAGGAGCCAGUCCCCUACAUGAUCAUAUCAGUCACCUGGAGACGACCAACGUUGACCCCCUGGCCACUGCCUAGUAAGCCCCUUAUUGAAGUGAUAUUAUGUUGUCUCAGAUUUUGAUAUUCUAUUAUUUAGGACCAAUGUGAGAUUUCACCUGACAAUCAGUAUUAUUUGGAAGUAUUGUACAUAUGAAACCUUCGCUCAUAGUGUUCAACUGGUCAUGGUGUACACGUGUCAUAGAUGGUCAUGGUGUGCACGUGUCAUAGAUGGUCAUGGUGUGCACGUGUCAUAGAUGGUCAUGCUGUACACGUGUCAUAGAUGGUCAUGGUGUGCACGUGUCAUAGAUGGUCAUGGUGUACACGUGUCAUAGAUGGUCAUGGUGUGCACGUGUCAUAGAUGGUCAUGGUGUACACGUGUCAUAGAUGGUCAUGCUGUACACGUGUCAUAGAUGGUCAUGGUGUACACGUGUCAUAGAUGGUCAUGGUGUACACGUGUCAUAGAUGGUCGUGCUGUACAUUGCACAUAGCUAUUUGAUUGAAAUAAAGUUCUAAUAAACACUUUCACAUCAUAGACUCGACAGUU